AUGAUGGAAAUCCCAGCUACGGGUGAUUCUAUGGAGAUGGCCUCGCCCUAUCAGGGGCAGGCUGACGAUUUCGACAUCGACAUCGACCUCAUGGAGGACAAUGUGUCAAACAUGGACAGUGAUAUGAUGGGUGCAGAUGAAUUCACAAUUACUUCUCAGCCUAAUCAACUCAAUAAUGAUGCGAUCCACGAUGCCGACAUGGCCGAUGAACCCUCCGAAGGGUCGAUGAUCGACGCUGACAACUAUGUCGAUGAAGACAACGAUAUUGACGUGCAGUUUGAGGAAGAGCUAUACGAAGAAGAAAUGAUUGAGGCCGAUCAGACCGAAGACAUCAAUAUCACCACCCCCGCUAUUCCUUUUGAACCUGUGGGCAGCAAUGAAGACGCUGCCAGUCCCAUUAAGGAGGAUGCCACAAUCACACCCGUGGAAACCCUCGAAGCAGCACCUCAAGCCUCAAGUGGACCCGUCGAAGUUGCCCCCGUUGAAGAUGCAGCCCAGGCCUCCGUAGUUGAGGGCCCAAACACUCAGGCUCAGCCUAACACGGCUACUCAUGACCUUGCCGAGGAACCAUCCGAAAGCGUCGUCAGUCCUGAAACCGGCGAUCGUCAUGGCAACGCAGAUGUCGGCGAAGAGGCUAAUAAGAUAUCACAACAUACUGUGUCAGAGACUGAGGUGUCGCAAUCUCGCAACGAAGAGCUAGAGAACAGUCAGACCAAACCUUCCGUCGAAAAUUCCCACGUUGAUACCGCUGCGCGCCCAGAGGUACAGCCUGUGUCUGAGGGAGAUCACCAAGUUGCAGAGGAGAAUGAAUCUGUUCAACAGGUCGCAUACGUAGACGAACCUCUUCAUCUAGUGAAGAUUCUCUACCAGAACUCCGAAAUCUCCCUGUUCCCUCCCCUUGAGGGAGACUUGGCGGAUACAUUCUUUAUUGAAGAUGAAGGUUUAGCUUACGACAACAUUGGUCAAAUAUUCAAGGCUCUGCGCCAGGUACUUCAAGAAACUAUGACAGGAAAUGAGGUGUUGGUCAUCGAUAUCGACACCCUUGGUAUCCAAAUGACAGAGAUCCUAGAUCUUUACCUUAGACUUUGCCGUAACGAGGGCACUACCGAGCCCGAUGCCCUUUACCUCACACUGAGCACCAAGCGUGCGUUCCCGGCUGAGAUCGCAGAUCUCAAUGACGCUGCAAUUGAUGGCAAGACCCUUUCCGAACUUCAUGCUGAAAUUCAUUCAUGGGAUGAAUAUGAUGAAGCUGAGCCAGGUUCUGGGGAUGACCUUGACGCCCAUGGGGCUGAGGAGCAUGAAGAUGAAAUAUACUACACAACCGAGGCCCAAAAAGAGCUCUCAGCCACAGAGGUGCAAACGGCGCCAGAGCCUCUAGAAGAGCAGGCGCUAGAUAGCGAACAGUCUCAGGUCCAGCCUGAAGUCGUCUCUGACACUCAGCCAGAGAUUGUGCAGACGCAGGAUGACAACAGAUCUAUCUCCAGUGGGCGGAGUGCCAAGGUUGCGCCUGAGUCUGAGUCUCAUCCAGCCCAGCUCGAGACCAAAGAGCAAGAUCAGUUUGAUGCGUCUCACCAUCUCGAAACAGACCAAGAUCAAGAAUACGAUCAUGACCAUGGCGAUACGAACGAAGAGCACUAUGAUUCUGAGGGCCGGCAGAGUGAUUCCACUGCCACUGUAGCUGCAGUGCCUGGCCCAAGCGAGGUCAAAGAGCACACCCCACAUGCCCCUCUGGAUGUUGCUGCGGACGCCGGUACAGAUCACAACGACGAGGAUGACUAUUAUGGAGAUGACCAUGAAGACGAUGGUCUCGGACCUGAGGAAUAUUACGAGCACGAAGACAUCGGCUCGGUCGAUGAUUCAGAGGCUUUCCAACAAGAUAUCACUGGCAAUGAAAAUGCUGAUGUUGAUGCUCAAGAACCAGCUGAUCAGGCGUCUGUCCUUGAAGAUGAGGACGACGCAGAUGGGUUAGAUGCCCCGCCGACAGACGAAGUUGUCUCGGAAAUUCUUUUGCAGAAUGACACCAACCGCCCUUCGCAUAACCAGCCGGUGCCAUCACUUGGCAGCGGCUUGCAUGACAGCUCUGACAAAAAGGAGAAAACACCAGAGCCUGCAGAUGAUUCAAUUGGAAACACUGGAGGUCUGGUGCAGACCCCUCCGAGGGAUACAGAGAACAACACCCUUGACCACUUCGAGGGCAUAGACUACGACGAGCCUGAGGAUGAACUGGAUGCUCAUAUUUCAGCUAAUGAUGGUGCGAAUGACAACUUCGACGAAAACCAUUUUGGCGACUAUGACGCUCAUUUUGAAGAAUCAGAGGCUGUAGAGUUGGUUGGAACGGACCCUUCCUUGACAGACCCCCAAACCGACCAGAACUCUACCAAACGAUCUCGCGAAGAUGAAGACGACUGGGACCUGGUGGAAACCACCGCUGAUCCCAAACGUCGCCGCUCUUCGUAA